AUGUCACCUUCUAUUCCUCUAUUUAGAGGUUUCCAACGUGAACACUUACCCGGAUUUUUCGAAAGACUAGAGAGGUCAUUCAUUAUAGAUGUAAAAUCAACGUCGACAAUAACAACGAGCGAGGAAAAAUUAAAAAUUCUCGAACAUCAAAUUGCGUCCGAAGCUAAGCGUUGGUAUACAAAAGUCGAUUGGAACCAGUGGCAUAAUGAUAAUACAAUCGCCACGUAUGAAGAUCGUAAAAAUUGGAUGUUGGAAAAUUUUCCUUUUCAUUCAACCAAAGAUCAAUGCGGAUAUAAAAAAUUCUUGAAGCAAGGUCCGCUGGAAUCACCAAAAAAUUUCCUUUCUCGAAUCAAAAAAUUCGUGAUAAAAGAGCAAGAAGCGAGCCACAAGGGCAUAGAUACCAAAGAUUCGAUAACAGAAGAAGAUAUUGAAGAAAUGUUUAUUGAUGGUCUUUUACCGCCACUCCAAAUCUAUAUUUCACAAUUAACCACUGCUACUUUAACAUUUGGAGAACACGUUAAUCGAGUUGCUCGUCGAUUUUCAAAAGGAUUCGAUAAUGUCCACAACUACAAUCAAUCCAAGCCGACAACUCAUCGUCGAAUAAUAAAUUGGAAAGGGAUUGAAGAAUCUCAACAUGGAGAUAACGACCAUGAAGAAUAUAAAAACCUCUCAAAAUUUCCUGCUUUGGGUGCGGUUCAUUGUAUUAAGCAAGGAACCGAUGAAAGUCCUUGGGAUUAUUAUAUUCGUCUAGGCGAUGCUUGUGAACACGAUGGCUUGGAUGUGGAUCAAUAUCGAGUUCUUUUGUACUUUCGUGGGCUACAGCAAAAGAUUCAAGAUCACCCAAAAGUUUGGAACGCGAAAAAUAUCGAAGAACAAAUUUACGCGACUCAAAUAUAUUGGACGAGUGAGUACUGGGAUAACCGACAUUACGAGGCACAUUUGGAAUUCACAGAAAAUGGAAACGAAUAUCGACAAGUAGACGACAAUAAGUAUGAUUUUUCGAAAGAACGAAUUAGUAUCUUGCCUGUGAGUUUCGGUGAGGUGGAUCCAUUCUAUUUCGAUUUUAUGCAACCUAGUAUUGAUGUUGAUUCUUGUGUGUUUGCUUUUGGCGGAAGUUCGGGAAGACUUUUCUAG